UGUAUUUUUCUUCGACUGUAACAUCGCAGGCGUCCUGAUACAGCUCCUUGAAGUUAUAACUAGCAAGGUCGAAGUUCGUCUUGUUGGCAAUUAUGGUGUAAGCGGUGAGCGUCACUUGGUCGUUUCCAUCCUUUGUGUGCUUGCCGAAUCCGACUAUUUCGCUGUUGCCCUGUCCGAGAACUGCAAAUGCGGCGAUGGUGAGCAGCAGCAGCAGAGAGCACAGCGUUGACGACUUUCUGGUCCAGGGUCCGGUGUCGAGCUCCAAUGGAAGAAGGCCGAGCAUGAAGAAUUGUUUGUGUAGAUGAUGCAGAUGUUUGAAAAGUUGUGAUGAUUGUUUUGUAGAGGUGUUGGAAGUGAAUAAGUUGGGGGUCUUUUAUAGUAUAUUCUCAAGAAAAAACUGCGAAAUUUCAAGCAAAGAAACGUAGAGGGGAUAUAAAAGCAGUUUUAUUGAAAUGUUCAAUAUCUUCCUUUGCCCCUUACCACGCCACUCAUCGACAGGACUAAACUACAAUGUCGUCUCCAACACACAACUGCUGUCAUCCAAAGCAACAACAGCCGCAAACGACAGCAGGAGAACUUGCGAGCGUCAUGCAGGAAUUGCGUCAACGAUUCAACAAACCGACGAACCCGAACGAUGUGCCAGUUCAGCCUGUGCAGAAGAAGGAGCAGAAAAAGCAGCGUAGCUAUCUUCAGAGAAGGAAUGCUUUUCGGAGGAAGUGUAAGAAGCGUUUAGGAUGUAAGAUCCAUUCACCAGCUAGUCUGUUUAAAUUAUUAUUUUUAGGGGACAUUUUCUCCAAGAUCGAGAUGUGCAGUGAGACAGAGCUUCUCAACGACUGGAACAAAUUUCCAAAGGGGAAGUUGUGUGAUUGUUCAGAAAGAUUUCGCUUUUGGCCUGAUUGCUUUUAUGGCCGACAGCACACCAAAUCCUGCCCAUCCCUUUUCGUGUAUUCUCCUAGACUGAAGAAGCUUGCUGUUAAAAUGGAUCCCGAAACUCUGGAUUUCUUGAAAAACAAGUCCAAGCGGGAAACCAUGAAGAAGCUUGAUGAUAAGGAGAAAUCGCCUAAGCACUGCGAUGAGGCCAUUGAUCAGCCUGCUUGCUCUGACCAACAUCUUGCCGAGCUCGACCCGAAGCAACAACAACUGCAAACGACAACAGAAGAUCUGACAAGUGUCAUGCAGGAAUUGCGUCAACGAUUCGACAAUCGGACGACCGCGAAGGAUGUGCCGACUCAAUCUGUGCAGAAGGAGGAGCAGAAAGAACAGCUUAGCUUCUUUCAGAGGAGGGAGGCUUUUUGGAAGGAGUGCCUAAAGCGUUUAGGAUGGGGUAUUCUUGGUCGGGUCCAUCUGCAGAGCGCGCCCGAACUUCGCAACGACAGGAAGAAAUUUCCGAAGGAAGAGUGGUGUGAUCGUCCAAGCUCGCAAUAUAAUUGCUCUUUUGGCUGUCAGCAUACAAAAUCCUGCGAAGCUUUCUUUGAGUUUACUCCUGAGUAUAUGAAGCAUAUUGCCAAAGUCGAAGCCAUAACUGGCCACAGAGGUCCAACCUUCUCGACUAAGAAGUCCAAGCAGGAAAACGUGGAGGAGUGUGAUGCGGAUGAAAAAUCGUUGGAGGGUGGCAAUGAUCGUCCUUCCUGCUCUAGCCGUCGGCUUAUUGCCAGGUCCUACGACUACCUCACUCCUACUUCACUUGAUGCUGUAGCAGCCAACUUUAGGAGCGACAGGGUUGCCAGCAAUUUGACAUCGUCUUCUGACGACUACUUUGGCCAGUCAUCUGAAAACUUCAGUCUUGAGCCUCUUCUAGGUUCACUUGAGGAUGUCAAUCCUACAGAGACUUGCCUUCCGACUACCAUGCAUAAAAAGUUUUACUUCUUGGAAAAAGAGUGGUGUAGGAACACUGUGUCUGUUGCUGAUGUUGUUGGGUCGUGGGAACGUGUCAAUACAAUGAAUACCAUGGAAGAGCUUGAUCCGGAAAAAUGGCAAUUGUUGGAAUACUCUGUUAGACCCUUUGCCUCGUUAGACGACUUCUUCACUAUGUCAUCGGCAUCUUCCGGAAAUGACAACUCUCUGGGCGCUCCAGUGUCAGUUCCAACAAUAACUAGAUCGGCGUCUACUGGAGACUUUGAAGAUAUGGAAUCUGUUCCCUCUUCUAUUCAGUCUUCUGUCAGUUUUCUGUUUAGUCCUCCCGAAGCGAGAGAAACAGUGAGCCUUCAAACUACCAUUCAAAAAGAGUCGUACUUCUUGGACGAGGACUGGGGUUUGGACUUUGUGUCUGUUGCUGAUGUUGUUGGGUCGUGGGAACGUGUCAAUACAAUGCAUACAAUGGAAGAGCUUGCCUUCUUCACUGGAUCGACAUGUACUGACGAUGUGGGAACAAGCACAUCUGAAGAUAUGAAGUCUGUUCCCUCUUCUAUUCAAUCUUCUGUCAGUCUGCUUAGUCCACUCGAAGCGCGAGAAAAAGUGAGGAAGUUGGCAUUGCAAGCCAACAAUGUGGAUGACUUCUUCGAAUUGAUUCCAGACGAUUUGCUCGACAACUUCUUCUCCGAUUACAAAAUGUUGGUGCGACAUAAAAUGUUGGAAGAGCAAUGUGAUAAUAUUAGGGAAGAACUGAUGAAACAGCCCAAAAAAGCUGAUGAUUGA